GGCCAAAGCACAUCGCCCAGGAGACAUAUAAACAAAAAUGGCCCCUCUCGUCUCCUCCCUCGCCCUGCGCACGCUUCGGACUCUUGUCCAGCGUCCCGCCGCUAUCAAAUCCACCACUACCUCCUGCUCUAUCACCACCCUCGCCGCUCCCCGACGACCUUUCCAGCCCGUCCUCCGCACGUCCACCGCAGUAGCUGCUGCUGCUGCUGCUGCAGGCAAGACCUCCGUCACAUCCUCUUCUUCCUCCAUUCUCCGGCAAUUCUCCACCUCCCCGUUUCGCCAGGCCACCUACAACCAAGUGCGGCGCGGAUGCCGUACUGCGCAGCGCGCACGUCGCUCUCGGUCUCCGGCGCUGAUCGGCCGGUCUCAGAUGAAGGGAGUGUGUUUGAAGACGGGUAUUACGAAGCCUAAGAAGCCGAACUCUGGUGAGCGGAAGACGGCGAGAGUUAGGUUGAGUAGUGGGAAGGUUGUUACGGCUUAUAUUCCUGGUGAAGGACACAAUAUUCAGCAGCACAGUGUUGUUAUGGUGCGUGGUGGUCGUGUGCCUGAUUGUCCUGGUGUGAAGUACCAUUUGGUUCGUGGUUCGAUGGAUUUGGGUGGUGUUGCUUCUCGGUUGAACAGUCGGUCGAAGUAUGGUACGAAGAAGCCUAAGAAGGAUUAGUUGGGUAUGAGGGAUGUUGCUUGUGCUUGAUUAUAUCUUUUGGUAUUGUUUGUAUCAUUACAUCGUGCUUUGACGGAUCUUUAUAUCGUUGUUAUCAUUAGAACACGGCUAUGUACAUUUAUGAGGCUUGCCUGGCUACAGAGCAGUUAUUUUCCCUUUCCCAUUUCAUCCCGACUCCAUCCAGUACAUCCUGCAAACGAUCUCUGUACCUUGCAACCCCUAUACCCGGAAUAUGGAGAAAAAUGAUG